AUGGCCCAGCGCAGUUCACUGUACUACAAUAAUGAGAAGUCGAAGAACAUACUUUGGACAAGCGCUAGAAGCUGUUUGGAGCCAAGCAGAAGCCCUUUCAGCUCUUAUAGUCAAUCACCAGAGAUACCUGGGAGCCCUACUUAUGCUAUGGAGUUCUUGUGUCGAUCAUGGAGCCCAUCUUCUACUAAUCUCCUCCAAAUGUUUUCAUCAAAUAAUUUCCUUCUGAGAGACAACGGAGGCAAAGAGGAUCCUGAAGGAAAAGAGGAGGAGACACAGGAGGAUAUAACCAGCCGAGCUAUAACCAACAAAGAGGAUAUCAAGCUCGAUUUGCAUCACAUGAAGGAAUGGUUGAAAAGGAAGCCAUUAGGCAGGUUCUUUAGAUCACAUCAAGAGAAGAAAGAGAGACUCCGACUUCAAACAGCAAAAUUACAUGCUGUGCUUUCUCUCACACAGCUUGCUUACACGAUUGCUGGCUUUGCCAGCAGCAGCAGCUCAGAAGAACAAGAAUGGUACCACAUAAAUUCUGAGACGGCAGGAGAAUGGAGCCAUAGUACGGGAAGUGUAGUUGCUUCUGCUGCUGCUCUGAUGACUACAGUAUGUGCUGAGGCAGCAGAAUCUCUGGGAGCAGGACGAGCCAAAGUUGCUUCUGCAGUCAAUUCUGGCCUAGCCAUCAGAACACCAAUGGAUAUGAUUGCAGUAACAGCAACAGCAGCAACCUGUAAAGCUUUCCAUACUAUUGCAGUAACAGCAACAGCAGCAACCUAUACAUGA